AUCACCCAGGAAGGAGGGUUCCAUUUGCAGUCGAAAAGCCCCUACCUUAGUUAGUCAAUCCAACCCUAACCCAACUCUCACCGCUUCCCAUAUCGGGGCUUAUCGGGGCUUGGCCGACCCGUCAGGUCAGUCCAUGCCGGCUGCAACGGACGGCCCGCAAGCUCCACGUCGGCCAAUUCAGCCCACGUCUCACGGUAUACCGAGUCGGAGUACACAGCCCAUCACACAGCACCACGGCGGAAUACCACCACCACCAACACCACCACCACCGCCGCACUUCCCCUCCGCCAAAGCAUCCGACAGCCCACACCGACACACGCACCUCCGCCCCCGCAAUCCCGCCCACCAUGGACCCCUACUCCGCUGAAGGCGAGCUGAUCAACCUGCACAGCCACUUCCACCAGGGCCAGUACCAAGAAGCGGCCGACUACGACGCCUCAGCGCUGUCGCCCGAGAACGCGCUGGCGGCGCGCGUGCUGCAGCUGCGCGCGCGCGUCGCGCUGGGCCGGGCCGAGGAGGUGCUGGCCGAGGUGCGGGGCGCCGCCGAGCCCGAGCUGCAGGCCGUCGGCGCGCUGGCCGAGCUGGCGCUGGGGCGCGCCGACGCGGCCGCCGCGACGGCCGAGGCGCUCGCGAAGGCGCACGGCGCGGCCAACGCCACCGUGCAGGUCCUCGCCGGCACCGUGCUGCAGGCGGUCGGCCGGUCGGAGGAGGCGCUCGCGCUGCUGGCGCAGCAUCAGGGCAGUCUGGAUGCCGUCGCGCUCAUUGUGCAGAUCCAUCUUCAGCAGAACAGGAACGACCUGGCCGUGAAGGAGGUCGCGGCAGCCCGGCGGUGGGCGCAGGACAGCCUGCUGGUGAACCUGGCCGAGGCGUGGGUUGGGUUGAGGCUGGGCGGCGAGAAAUACCAACAAGCCUUCUACGUGUUCGAGGAGCUGGCACAGGCCCCGGCGACGUCAUCAGUAAGGACCCUGGUCUCCCAGGCCGUCGCGGAACUCCAUCUCGGCCGGACAGAGGAGGCGCAGGCCGCGCUCGAGCAAGCGCUCAAGAAGGAGCCCGAGAAUGCGGAUGCCAUUGCGAACAUGCUGGUCUUGAGCGUCAUUACUGGGAAGAGCCCGGAGGAGUGGACGAGCGCUCUCCAAAAGGCAGACCCAGAGCAUCCCUUUCUCAAGGACCUGGCAGAGAAGAGCGACCUGUUCGACAAAGCUGCGGCAAAGUACAAGGCCAAGGCGGCUGCAUAGAGUUCUCUUAUGAUCAUAUACGAUUCAUGACUUUCCACCAAAAGGCUUAAUGGGACUUGGUAUAGACAGACAGCUUCCAUGCUACAUGGUGGUGGAGAUCAGGUGGAAAUUACGUGCAACAGUGAGCCGUACCCGGCCGAAAAAAACCGGCCGAGAAAUUCGGGUAUCGGGCCGGCCUCCGGUCUUGAGGCUUGCGGCGCUGCGAGAUGCAAGCUUAACUCCGAUCUCAACCGCCAGGCUU